CGCCAGGGCUUGAAUUGGCACCCUCUGUGCCCGCGGCCCCUGUGCCCCUGCGGAGAAGGACGGGGGGUUCCCAGCAGGUCCCUCAGCUCUCGGUGGAGAGAGGCACUCCUUCACCCGCGUCGCCUGGGGAGGCGCCGGGGAAGGAGGCCGUGAGCCAGUUGGCAGGUGCCGGGGCCCCUCCUCCCACGGAGAACUUCCCCGGGGGCGGGGGGACACGAUCCCCUCCCACAGCCUCAUGCAGUCAGGCGGCACGCGGGUGAAGGGGCAGACGCGGAGAGGAGCCGAAGGAGGCGGCCGGCCAUGAACGUCAUCGUGCGCCCCUGCUUCCCCAGGGACCUGCCCGAAAUCAUGCGGCUGAUCAAGGACAUCUCCAUCAUUUACAGCGUGCCCCUGGAAAAGCUCAGAACCAACGUGGAAGAGCUGAAGGAUGCCGGGUUCGGGACUCGUCCCCAGUACGAGUGCUUCGUGGCCGAAGUCCCUCCUGAGCAACGAAGCAAGGAAGGUCACACGCUGAUCGGCUACGCGCUCUCCACUUACACCUACAACACCUGGAGGGGAAGGAAUCUUUACAUGGACAAUUUCUAUGUCAUGCCGGAAUUCAGAGGACGGCGCAUCGGACGGCAGCUGCUCAACAGAGUCGCCGAGGUGGCCUGGGGCCGCGGCUGCACCCAGCUCCGCAUGCACGUCUCGUCCCAGAAGCCGGAGAACAUCGCCUUCCUUCUCCGGCGCGGGGGAGAAGAUCUGACCACCAAGGAGGGCUGGACCCUCUUCCGGUUCCACAGGGACACGCUUUGGAAAAUGGCGGCUCAGAGCAAAUUCUGAGCGCGAGGCGAGUGUCGCUUGCAGGGCCAGAAGUGCAGGAAGGGGGCUGGGGAAAGGCGGCACAGAACGUGCCGGCCACACCCGGGCUCAGCCCAGUUUAUACGUGCUUCAUAAAGGAGAGCUGUUUCCUGA